AUGCAAUUAUAGUUGCAAAUAUUAGACACUUUUCUCUCAGUGUAGGCGACGAGAUAUCCGCGCGACGAUUCGCAAUCGGCCGCUCGCGUCGUCCCAGUUGGGAGCGGGGAGAGAGAGAGAGAGAGAGAGAGAGAGAGAGAUAGAGAGCACGUGUGUCCCGUGUCGCGUUAUAUUGCACCGUAAUAGCGAUUUCAUUACCGGCCCGUAUGCACAUACACGUAGAGUAACAUCUGCACGCCGAAUCGAAACGCGUGCUGGAGCGCGAGCUCUAUUAGAAAUUCGUUCCCCCUAGUCGACCCGUUCUACUCGCUCCUUUUGUUCCCUCUUUCUCCUCCCCCUCCUCCACCUCUUCCUCUCCUCUCUUCUGCCUUUUUCUUCUUCUCGUACUUGCUGCAACUUAAACCGCAGCACGUAUGACGGCCGUGUACGCGCCGCCGUCGUGCACCUCGUUGGUUUUUCAUUCGCGCGAGAUUACGAUAACUCGCGCGCGAGUUUACAUUGCGAUUGAUAGCAACUUCCUUUCCCACGCUUAGUAUCAGGAUUGCGCGUUAUCUGCGAUGCGCGCGCCGAACGGCGCGAUGCGCGCGUUGCGACCGGUGUUUACCGGUGUACAGAUAUCGCGUGGCAUUGAGGGGAGGGGGGGGAAAAAAAAGAGGAAAGAAAUGUUCGCGGAGCGGUUAACGGCGGGAAGAGAAGAAGAUACUUUUCGGCGAAUCCGGCUGACGCGACGAUCAAAAAGUCGCUCGUAAAGGCCGCACGUACGGCGAAAUCGCGCUGGCGCGGCUCGACCAAGUUUUUUCCUCCCCCUCUUCACCCCCCCUCCUUCCUCAGCUCCCACCCCUCUAUUCCGCGACGCGAUAAUCGCCGUCCUGAAAUAACAAAUUCCAUUCAUUGAAUUAUUCAGCUUUAUGGCUUCGCUUUUCAUUUGCACACAAAACGUACGGACAUUUUUACAUCGGUUUCGUGUAAUAGCGCGAGCGAGCAGAAGUCGUAAUUACCCGGCCGGUCGACGGUUUUUGCGGCGCUGCUCGUCCGCAACGUCGACGCGGGAGCCGAUGUGAGAAGCGGGCCUCGCCCCGACGUAUAAUAAUUGUAUCGCGCUUCUGCGACCGUGUAAAGUUUUAAUACCGUCGGUCGCGUGCGUCGUCGUCGUCGACGACACUCUCGAACGUACGCCGUAACCGCGCGUGUAAAACGAAUAAAAAGAAAAGACGGAGGAAAGGCGGAGAGGGUCUUUCGUGAGCGCCGUAUGCAAGUCAAACGACGCAUUAUUCCUUGACCUGACCCAACGAAACCUCCUUUCAUAUUCAUUAGCCCCACUUCGGCCCCGCCGCCUUUGGACCACGAAACGAAACGCAACCCGAGUGUCUCUCCGAUGCAACGCAUGCACGAAUCGAUUUGUGCGAGAGAUUACCGGAGGUAAAAAAAAAAUAUUUUCGAAAAAAAAAGCCAGCUCCACGUAAACGAAGGAGUUAAACGGACGUGAAAUAACAAUCUCUCUCCCUCUCUCUCUCUCUCUCUUCGGUUAUGCAGUCGGUGUACUUUCAACGUCGAAGAUUCUUCUUUCCCUCCCCGAGCUUGUUUUCCCGAGCGUCAGGAGGAUGAAAAAUCGCGCUGACCAAUCGAAAUGCCUAGAGGCUUAUAGAAGAAACGGUAUCAUUGUUCCCGUUUGAUAUCGCUAAUCGCGCGAUAUCGAACGCGGAUAAUCCCCCAAAGCCGUUCUCCGAUCCGCGCUUUUCUUCGUCGAACGCUCCUCGAUCGCCUUUCCACAUCUUUUUCCUCAUUUCUUCCUCGACUCGAGCUGGACGGAGGUGUGUCAGAUGAGAUCGAUAUUUUAUCGCGCAGCAGGAUCGUCCGGGCAACAAUGCUAUUCCCGCGUUGCAGGGCCGUAUGCAUAACGUCCGUGCGCGCCAUUAGCAUCUCGUCACGAACGUGUGUCGUUCACGUUCACGAAAAGAUUUCCGUAUCGGUUACGCAUCUGCGUUGGAAUGGGACACGCGCUGACCCCGAAUGUGUUCCGUUCCCCCCCCUCCCCCCCUCUUCUCCCCUCCAAAAGAGCUCUGCCCAUUGUAGAGACAAAUGAGAGAAACUCUUCUGCCAUAGAAAUCCAAUUGUCCCGACUUCCUUCCUAUUAUCGAGGUCUCUUGCCCUCUUCACCCGCAAAGAUACAUCUGUGCGCGAUAUAUGAUAUGUAGAUCUUGCUGAUAGAGCUGCGCUCAGCUGGGAUGUAAAUUAGAGGGAUGCGAGCCAUGCCGACGAGAGCGAAGGGAUCUUCUGGGAUCCGUCGUGUAUCGACAAUCGCAACGCGAGGAAUCAGAAUCAUGUACGCCAACUGCAGGAGCAGUUGGCACAAGCCACCGUGAAAGUGCGCGAAUUAGAAUGCGAGCUGAAGCACGUUCAGAAGGUGAACAACACGUCCUUCAAGGAUGAUAUAUCCGACGGGCAUCAGAAGGCUGAGGUCGUACGGGCGAAACAGGACAUGCUGAACCGCAUAAUACAAAUGGAAGAGAAGACUCGAGAAGCAGAACGGAACGCUAAACAUAUCCAAUUGGACGAGGCCAGUCUUAUCAGUGAUUUCCGUUCGGUAAUCUCAAAGUUAAAUUCACGCGAAAAGUUCGAUUUAAUCAGCGGAGCGCUAAAGGCCUUACAAAUCGAAAAUGAGACGCAUGAAAAAAUUAAGGAUCAUGAAAAAUCCGACGAAGAACUCGAGAAAGCCGGCGACCUCGAGUAUAAUUCUUUAGCUGUCAGGCAUACAAGUACGCAACAAGACAAGACGCAUGAUACGACCGAAGAAUUUUCGAUCAAUAAAGAGGAGAUGUUGCAGAAGAGAAUCGAGGAACUCCAAAAUGAAAAUAAAUGCCUUCUGGACUCUAUGGAAAAAUUGGACGAGGAACAUACGCAGUCGAUUGAGAAACUAUUGUCACUCAAAGAGGAAAUUAAUAAGAAGCAUCGCUCUCUGCAAAAUGCGUACGAGCAACUUUCCGUGGAUUACAACGAGGCCCAGAAAAGAAUAAUUGAAUUGCGAAACGAUAUGUCGAAACGCGAUAAAAAUACCUGUACGGAAACGAUUCAUCAGUUUGUUCAGACGGAUAAUGCGGAUAAAUCGGACAAGCACAUUCAAAUAGCCGUUUCCUCGGAAGAGACGAACGCGGUAUCGGAAACGAGCACUCUACACGAUAUUACUGAGAAAGUUAAAACGAUUUUAAAGAACUCUACCAUAAGUAGCAUCGAGCCGACGGAAUCGAUCUUCGAAGCUGUUGCGAGACAGUACGUUGAUGCUAAAUGGAAACUAGAUGUUUUAGAAAGGAAGGUGACAGAGGUCACCAGAGAUCUGAAAGAAACCGAGGAGAUGAAAGAUGGUUUGCAAAUGGAAUGCGAGGAACUUCAGUCUCACAUCGAUUCGUUACUGUUAGAGCAAAAUAUGAGAAUGAAAGGGCCGUGUCAGGGCUUAGAGCCGAAUUUGCCGUCUAUUCCCGAGGCGAGCGAGGAACGAGUGGCUUCUCUGGAAAUGGACGUUGAAUUUUUGCGGGAGGAAGUGAAACGCCUCACGACCGAGAACAAAAUGAUACGAGAAACAGGUUCAGCUUUGACGCUUACUGUGCAAAGUAACGAAGUGCCUUUACCAAACAACGAUGACUCACAAGGAGAUAUAAAUCACAAGCUAUGUACAUUUAUUGAGAAAGAUAAAGAGCUUCCAAUAGCUUUAGAAAAGAGCUCGAAUGAAGAUAUAACGUCGAUCGAGCAAUUGAAACUCGAUCAUGAAAGCGUGAUGAAAGAAUUAAAGCUGUCGGUAUCAAAAACAGAGCUAUUAGAAACUGACCUUGCGUCUUUGCAAGACAUUGUAAAUAAAUUGACAGAAGAAAACAAAUAUUUGUUACAAAAGAACGAACGCAUGUAUGCGCAAUUACAGAAAAAAAUCUUGGAAGAAAAUGAUCUGCAAGAAGAAAACGGUUAUCUGUUAGAGAGUUUGAAGACACAGUUUGACAUGGCCGUUGGCCAGAAAUUGAAAUUGGAAAACGAUAUUUUAAGUCAGGAAGAAGAUUUGGAAGCGAUGCAGACUCAAAUUGAUAUGAGAGAAUCUGAAAUAGCAAAAUUGAAUCAGGAUAACGAUAAAUUAAUUAAAGAAAAUAUAUCUCUGUCAGAGCAAUUAACCGCUACGCACGAUGAGUCCUUGGAUAAGAUAGAGCUGUUGAACACAGAAAUGUCGUUGCUCCAGCAGGAACAUGAAGAUUUGAAACAGGAGGUGUUGAUUUAUAAAGAAGAAUUACCGGUACUGAAGGAGAAGUUAUACAAGGCGGAGCAACAUUAUACAGAACUGGAAAACGAAUAUCAUGUAUUAAAGAAGCAAAACGAGCAAAUCGAGUUACAUAAGAAGGAUAUUCAAAAUCAAGUAGUAGGACUCGAAAACGAGGCAAGUCUCAAAGAACCAUUGACUGAAGAAUUGAAUUUACUGCGAAACAGAUGUAAGCUUUUGGAGCAACAAGUAGAAAUGCUUCGCGCUAAAGAAACACAGGAAUUAAAAAAAAAUGAACUAGCGGAGAUAUCUUUGGCAAACACAGACAAAACUAAUACAGCGGGAGAACUUUCAACUACGGAAGAUAACUUAAUCGGAAUGGAAAACACAGUUGCGGACGUGAAAGCGAGAUUAGAAAACCAAGAUUUAACGACGACAGAUAUGAAUGUAACAUCUAACGAACGACAAAUGUUUAGAUCAAUUAUCGACGAAGAGAGGCGAGAAAGAGAUAUCAUAAAAGAACAUAACAAAAACUUGACGGAUGAAAUUAAUGAUUUGCAAAGCAAGUUACAAGUCGCUUUCGAGAAUAAUAAAGAAUCAGCUGAGAUGGCUAAACAAACUAUUGAAGGUCUCUCUCACAUCAUUCGAGAAAAAGAUCAGGAGAUAAAUGUUUUACAAGUUGAGAUAACUCGCGCGCAGAAUAUCAUCGCGCAAUCUUCGAGCGAGCUUGCCGCGAUCCAGAACCAAAAGACUGAAGUCGAACAACUCGUUUCCGUGAAACACAACGAAAGUUUACAAUAUCAAAACGAAAUACAAAAGCUGAUUCAACGUGUGAAUGAACAAGCGGCUCAUAUCCAGCAAUUGGUUUCCGAAAGAACGGCGAACGAGAUGCGUAAUAAGGCGAACGUAGAAGAUCGGCAUGAUGGAAAUGAUGAUUCCAGGCAGAGUAUUGAAAUUGUGGCUCUAAAUAAAAAAUGCGAUGCCUUAGAAGCCGCUCUCAUCCAAGAACAGACAAACACCAGAAUCCUGCAGAAUCAGCUUACUGAAAUUCAAAACAAAGAAGCUAAUUCCGCUAAGGAAUUGGAAAGACUGAGGACGCAUUUGGUCGAAAUGGAAUCCAGCUAUACGGAGGAAGCCCUAAUCGCCGAGAAUAACCGUCAGGAGUUGGAAGCGAGAUUGUUGCAGGCUGAGGAAAAAGUAAAAAGUAGCUCGACCGCCUUCACAUCGGCAAAUAUCAGGGCCAAUCAACAGGUGGAAACGUUGCAGCAACAAAUAGCCCUGAUUACGCAACAGAGGGAUCAGAUACAGGCGAAAUUGUCCGCCGCAGAAGAUAACAUUCAAUUACAGUCUGUCUCUUUGACUAACUUGCAAAUAGUCUUGGAGCAGUUUCAACAAGAUAAAGAACGUGACAUUAUGGCGACCACAGAAAGACUUCGAUCCCGACUCACUGAGUCAUAUGAGAAACAAGAUAAAUUAUCAGAUGACAUUUCGAAUCUACAGCAACAGUUACGUGAGGCUAGAGAAGGCUUGAAAGCUGCCUCUAGAUUAAGCGAACAACUCGAAAAGAAGGACGAGCAACUCGAGCUAGCCAACGAGGAAGUGGCGCGAUUGCAAGCGUCCUUGAAUUCCGCUGACCAAAAGAUGAAAGAGGCAACGGAACAUGAUGAGGGAAAAGUCGAUAAAGUUCUCAUAAAAAAUCUUCUUUUGGGCUACUUAUCCUCGGCCACAUCGGACAAGUCUUCGAUCCUCAGAGUCUUUGCCAACGUUUUGGACUUUACAGAGUCGGAGAAAGACAAGACCGGUUUGAACAGCGUGACGGCGCAUGGCAAUCAAAAUAACGGCGCCUCUUCAAAAGAUCAGGAAGCAUCUUUAUCAACGGCCUUUGUGAGAUUUCUAGAAAGCGAAUCCAAGCCGAAGCCUCAGUUACCCGCUUUGCCUAUCGUGAAUUCAUCUUCGUCGCGACCAGGAUAUAAUAAUAAACAACAGUCGUCGUCGUCAUCUACAUUACUGUUGUCCAACGUUGCUCUUCCAACAUUCCCAGACUUUAUUCCAGCUAGAAAUACGGGAUCCAUUUUGAAGGAAGUGUUGAAGGACAGUUGAUAUUAAGGGCAUUAAAUUAAAUAUGUUACAUGUACAAAUACUAAAAUUAGAAAUUAUAAUAUACUCGAUUGCAUUUCCUAUCAA